UGAGAGCGGUGGCUUUUAACAUAUAACUCUAUAAUUUAUAAGAUUUGUUUAUGAGAGCUAGCAAACCAACUGACUUUGUUCUUUUGCUAGAAAAUGUCAAGGCUUAUUUCAAACGGGCUAAAGCCCACGCUGCUGUCUGGAAUGAAAAGGAGGCCCGAACAGACUUUUUGAGGGUGGCCCACCUGGAUCCAUCGCUGACUGCUGCUGUGAGGAAAGAAUUGAAGCUCUUGGGGGAGAGGAUGAGGAAGAAGCACGUGGAAGACCGCAAGAAGUACAAAGAUCUCUUCCAGCAGCCUCCUCCUAAAGGAGAAACUGAGGGGAGAGCAAUGGAGGAGACAGAAAAGCUGUUGGAUUCUAGCCUCGGCCCACAAACAGAGGAAAAGAAUCAAGAAACCCUGAACCCUGAGAGAGGAAGAGAAGAAGGGAGAUGGAUGGGUGCAAAGACUGAAGAAACAGAGCAAGGGAAGUUAGCAGAGAAAGAGGAAGGACUCCUAAUGAAGACAGGCGAAAUGGACAAAGAGGACAUCACCCCUCAGAAAGUGAGGGAAGAGGAAAUGGAAAAUAAAGAUAAAGGAAUGAUGGAGAGUCAUUCUGGAGAUGACCUGACAGGGUGUGAAACAUCUGGAAGCAAGAAACGGUUAGAAUUUGGGCAGUGGAAGCUUGAAGAACAGAGGGGGAAAGUGGAAGAGAUUAAUUCUGGGGCUUGGGAUCAAAACAGAAAAGUGGAUUUUCCAGUGCUGGAAGAAAAGGAUGCAGAAAGAAGAGCCGUCCCUGGGAGCCCUGGGAAGGAAUUAGGGGGAGUUGCAGGAAACCAUGUGAACAGCAGCGUAGGGGAAGGGUUCAUUAAAAGACCUUGUGAGACUGGAGUGGGCACUGGAGCAGAGAACUUCACAAGAGAGACGGAAGGAUAUGAGGCAAGUUGUGGGAAACAAGAAGCCCAAACUCUUAAAUUGUCAAGGGUACAGGGUGAUAAGGGCUUUGGAGCAGAGGAUCCCAAGGAUGGGAUUAUAGUGGAGAGCCCUCAGGAAAGUAGUGAAAAAGGUGACUUCCAAAUCCUUCCGGAAGGAUCAAAGACAGAAGCAAGUGUGGCAACAGAAGCGAGGGAAAAGGUCAGUUCUGACUGGGAAAACUGUGGUGGGCCAAGAAAGGAGAAUUCUACUGGAGUGGAGGAGGAACUUAAAGGAGAAACAAAAUUGGGAGAGAAAAGAAGAGAAGAUAAUGAUAAUUUCAUUCCAGAAGAGGAGACAUGUUGCUGUGAAGCAGGCCCAGAGCAUUGUGAGGGAGAGGCCGACCCAGAAGACUUAAAAAAAGUAGCAACUGAUUAUGUGAAAAUAACAUUAGAUGUUAGGGCCAAGGAAGUGAUAAGCCUUGAAUCAGAGCAUGCCAGCGAAGAGGGGGGUGGCCACAGAGAGGUAGCUGGAUGUAGAGAGGAAGGAACUGAAUUUGGUGACAGAUCUAGGCUGUGCAAAGAUGCACAAGGAGAUGAGGUAGACCAAGAAUGGUUCAAGGCAGAAAUAAGCUUCAAAGCUGAUGAUCUGGAGAUGGGAACGAGAGGGGAGGAUUCUGAAACAGAGCAAGCAGAUCUGCAAGUUAGGGGGGAAGAGCCAGAAGUGAAAACAGGCAGGGAAGCAGAAAUGAUUGUGGGGCAAGAAUCUCUAUGGGGCCAUGGUGAGGUGUCAAGAAAGGAGGAUGGAGAUACAGAAGAUAUUUCAUUGGCCACCCACUGCAGAGGAGACAAAAGCGAAGUGCUGGAGUUGACUGGAUCUGGAGCAAUGGGUGAGCUGAACAUUUCUACCCUGAGACAACGCAACCUGAUGAAAGAGGAAACCCAGUGA